AUGGCUGACGAAGAUGUGAGCAUUCUAAGCCCGCUGUCUCGAACUAGUCUGACAGUUAUACAGGGUGCGUCACCGAAGGAGCAAAUACUGGAAGCCUGCCGAAGGGACAAUGUCGAGUUAUUCCAUGAAGUGUUAAAGGACAUGAGUGGUAAAAAGAGCAAGGAAGAAAUAGCAGAAUUCUUCAAUACGGCGACGGACACCAUGGGCAAUCAUCUGUUGCAUGUCUGCGCGAACUACGGAGCAUAUGACGUUAUGGAUGAGCUGCUGAAUGUCGAGUACCUCGAAUGCGACCCCUUGACACGAAGGGACAAGGAGACGCCAAUCCACUGUGCGGUCCGGUAUGCCAAUGAACGAGAAGUCGAGCUCGGUGAGGCCAUGGCCAAGAUGUUGAUCGAUGCCGGAGGCGAUCCCCGAGUGAAAGACGGGCAUGGUAGGAAACCUGCAGAGUUAUGUACUCCCCGGACGGAGGAGCUUCGCAGCAUACUCAUCAGGGAAGAAUAUGCUUUGAAUGAAGGGCUUAAGCAUGCCGAUAUGCAGCCCGAGGACGAAGAUGGUGGUGCCGGAUCAGCGUCAGACUCGGAAUGA